AUGGAACCCCCCAAAACCGCUAGGCCAAAACUACCUAUCCGAAAGAUAAACGCCACGAGUCUAAACUCGACCAAUUCGCUCCCCUCCGCGCUUACAAGUAACCUCGCCCCAUCACCUACGGCUCCGCCUUCUCACAAUGCUCAUCCAUCCGUGAUGGAUGUCGAUAAAGCAGAAGAUCGAUCUCGUCGAGCUGCCAGUGUGUUAUCGAUGGAUGAUCUCGAAGCUGCACAGGCCCUUGAGGGGCUUCGCUCCGAUUUCGGACAAUCUCCUCGAACAACGCGACAAUCCCUGCCCGUCACUUCACCGGACCCACCGCAGCCAGAGCCACUAUUGUCUCUGCUAACUUCUUCCCAUCCACUUAUCUCCUCUGCCAUAAACGGCUCGGUUUCUGCUUACGCCACCUCGAAAUCAUACUCGCCGCGAUUCAAGUCUGGUGCUGAGUUCAUCGAACGCAAUAUUGGAUCACCUGUCGCGAACACCGUCGGCACGGUAGGCCGCAGGACUGGUGUCGAAAGCGGUCUUCGUUGGGCGCUACAGCGGCGGGACUCGACAAGCGAAGACUCAAACCACAUCAAUAAGCGACGAAAGAUGGAUGGGGAGAAGAGACCGGACGGCUCAGCUCACCCACCGCGAACACGAAGCUCGUCCGAUCUCUCCAUGGACGAGUCGCUCCCGCCAUACGACGAAAUAAGGUCUCCUCACUACGAAGAGAAACCAGGAAGACGUGCUGAGCCGACAUGGCAAAGCCGACUAGUUAUUUCGACUUCGGGGCUCGGGGUCGCCAUGAGCGAUGAAUCGUUGCGUAGUCUGCAAUAUUGUCUGACUUGGCUUCGAUGGGCAAAUGGUCGAUUAGGCAAAUCCAUUGUAGCACUGCACAGUGCUGUCAACGAGUGGGAAAACCACAAAUCACGAUCACCGUCGGAUAUCGAGGCAGGAGGAAGUGGGCAAGAAAGUGCCUCGUUGCUUAUCCAGCGCAUCCAAGCGGUGAAGGCCGAUGUGCUAUCGACCUUGAAACAAGUAGUGGAUGUUGUUUCCAAAUAUGCAGGAGGCGCCCUGCCGGAAAAUGCCCGCCAUCUAGUGCGUCGACACUUGACGUCUCUGCCGCACCGCUUCCAGGUUGCAUCCACAUCACAGCCACCACCGGACUCCCCAGCUGCCGCCUCCGAUGCCACAAUCAGUGCUCAUCGCAUCCUGGUGCUGGCCCAAGAGGGUCUAGACAUGAUGGCGCAAGUUAGCGGUGUCGUCAAUGACACAUUGGUCAGUGCUGAGCACUGGUGCGAGCGGCUUGGUCGGAAACGACCCGAGAACGGAGCUUCAGACGUGCCAGAGAAGCAGGGUGAAUCUUCCUCCGACGCUCAGCCAUAUGGGAUGGAUAUCAAGCAGUCUCUCCCCGAGAAUGCGAUUCAAGACGACGUCUCGAUGUCCGGAAUGGAGAAAGUAUGA